AUGGCGGCACAUCUCGUGAGAUACCUCGAAAGUAAGACGGACGCUUGGCACAUAUGUGUACCUGUCGGAGAUACGCUAACCAAUGUUGUGCAACAUCCAUGCAGCUAUUUGACCGAUCUCGAGGCCCGAGUUGCGUGGCUAGAGUCCAUUGUUCGGGACAGAUGUCCAGAUGUCGAUCUCACCUCAGGGCCGGGGCGGCCAUCGCCGGCUCAUUCCUCAGCGCUCGCGAGUGGCCACUCGUCAUCGCGCCAGGCGUCUCAGGAGUCUCCGGAUGAGUCUUCGCCUCAUGAGAUCACGGAGCAAAUCAGCUUGAUAUCCAUAUCAGGUGGCUCUGACCUUCGAUAUCUGGGACCCUCCAGCGGCCUCUUCUUCACCAAAUUCGUUCUUGCUGGCCUGGCACAUGUUGCAGACAUUGAGACGGUGAACCUCCGCGGCUCUGCACCCCACGGUGAAGAUGCGCUUCUCCCUGGGGACUUGGUUGACUUGCAGGCCAAGGACUUCCCGAAUGACAAGAGGCAGACCAUGUUCCUUACCCAGAUAUACUUUGACUCCGUUCACCUGCAGUUCCCUUUCCUUCAUGAACCUACACACCAUGCCAUCAUUAACAAGCUUUACAUUGGGGAACCUUUGGAUCAGCUAGAGGAGUUCCAAGCAUUCAUGGUCUUGGCCAUUGGUGCUACAAUCUAUGGUCGUCGCUCGAGGCGGCACAUGCUGGGCGAAGGCUACUAUGCCUCAGCUCUGCAGCGUCUGGAUAAUGUGUUCAGGACGCCGUCGCUGGUCACCUGCCAGUGCCUUUUGCUGCUGGAAAUGUACACUCUUCAUGACCCGUCUUCUGGAUUGAGCCUCUGGACUCUUCACUACCACUCCCUGGCAACGUGCCUGGAGCUGGGCUUGCACCGCGACGUGCGUAAUACUCGCCAUUUCAACCCUCUCCAGGUGGAGCUCCGCACGAGAAUAUUCUGGUGCAUGUACACCAUCAACCGACAAUUGUGCACCAUAAUGGGGCGUCCGCUGGGAUUUUUUGAUGAGCAAUGCGAUCUGAGGCUACCCAAAGAUGUGAACGACGAUGAACUGACCGAUGAGGGAGUGCGACCCUCCUCAAGACCACCCGGAAGCCCUACCACCAUGACAAGCGCCAUCCAUCUCUUCAAAUGCGCGAGGUUCAGCUCCGAAAUCAAGAUGGUCCUGUUUUGCACCGAUCGGAAUUACCCGCCUUAUGUCACUCCGGCCAUUCACGAUGUCACGGCCUGGCGAACAGACAUUAUCAACCGCCUGCAAAAGUGGCGGCAGGAGAUUCCCCGCCAUGCAGAGGGAGAACGCACGUACUACUUGAACGAUCUGUGCGAGAUCAGAUACAACGAACUUAUGAUGCUCGUGCUCCGUCCGAACCCCGUGUUCCAGAAGCCAACAAAGGCAUCCCUAUGUGAAUGCUUCAGCAGUGCCAUUGCCUGCAGCAAGCUUUACGCCAAACUUUACGCCGAGAACCAGCUGCGAUAUGGAUGGCUGACUGUUCACUCACUGUUCCUGUGCAUCAUGACCAUCUUCUACUGCGUCUGGACACCCGACGGUAUUGCUGAUCAGGUCAACUUUGAUUGCCUGACCACGUCUUUGAAGGCGGCGUCGGAUAUUCUCAGUGCGACGGGAGAGUACUGGCCCGAAGCGAAGCGAAGCCGUGACGUCCUGGACAGGAUCUUUUCGGCAACCAUGAGACGUUUCGCUCCCCGACAAGAAUUUCCGAAGAUGCAGCCGCUUCUUUCGUCACCCAAUUCUCAAUCAGGAAGUGUCGCGGCAUCAACAGGCUUGUCGGAUAGUACGAGCAUCUCGCCGCAAACCGGCAGCAGUAACUACGGAGACGGAAUGCUGUCUUCAGGGGAUGGCACCGUCUCCUCGGGGUCUCUAGAUGGACUUUUGCCGCAUGGUGACGGGCUGCUACAUCCGGCAGACCCAGCACUGGCUUCACACGGGCUUUCUAUGGCGGAUCUCACACCAGCCGUGAAUGCCGAAUUCCCUCCUUACCCGACUACGACGCUGGACUCUUUCAUGACGACGGAUUGGCUUUCCUACUUUAUGAAUGCUGAAGAUUUCGGCAACAUGAACAUGGACACGAACAUGGGGGGGUUCGGCGGGCUAGACUUGACGGCGGAUCCAUCCGGGUGGUAUCAAGGUGACAUGAGCGUUAUGGGAGACAUGUAAUGGAAAAUGGAACGGCACCGUGAGUUAUUGCAUCAAAGUUCAGCGAUAGUAUAAUAC